CCCAUCUACAGUUAUAAAUGUUCCAUUUCAAAUCAAGGCCUUCAUCAUAAUUCAUAAGGACGCUACCGUCAUCAGCAUUUUCCCUUCGAACCUUUAUGCAUUUCCAUCACAUAUAGGGAGAAAGAUAGAAUAACAUAAUGUCACAUUUGCUUCAUGGGAGGCUCGAUGUUAUUAUAUAUGAGGUCGAUACAUUACAAACUCUUAAUCGGUGCAUGUUCAAUAUCUGCAACAAGGGUCCAAGUUCCGGCACGGGGAAGAAAUUUUUAUCCCAACUGAAAAGUUGUUUGCUAUGCCAAUACCAAUGCCAACCUGAGAUUACUGGAAUAGGUCUCUAUGCAACAGUUGAUUUGGAUAAAGCAAGAGUUGCAAGGACUAGAGUAAUAACAAAUCAAACCUCCAGCCCCAAAUGGAAUGAGACCUUUCACAUAUACUCUGCCCAUUCAAUUUCCAACAUCAUAUUCACUGUCAAACAAGCCAACCCUGUGAGUGCAACUCUAAUUGGCAGAGCCUAUGUCCCUGUUGAUCAACUUCUGCAGGGGAACAUAGUGGAUAAAUGGGUUAAGAUUCUAGAUGUGAAUCAUAAUCCCCUCCAAGGUGGCCCUGAAAUCCAUGUCAGAAUACAGUUUUUUGAUGUAAAAAAUGAUGCAAACUGGUCUCAAGGACUAAGAACACCACAAUUUCAAGGAGUUCCCCACACUUUCUUCAAUCAAAAACAGGGUUGCAGAGUUACCCUGUACCAUGAUGCCCAUGUUCUUCAUGGCUCUGUGCCGUGGAUUCCAUUGUACAAAUCGAAAUACUAUGUUGCUGGGAAAUGCUGGGAGGAUAUUUACAAUGCAAUUGUUGAUGCUAAGUACUUUAUCUACAUAACUGGUUGGUCUGUGUACACUGAAAUCACCUUGAUCAGAGACUCAGAAAAUAGAGACUCAGAAAAAAGCAUCACACUUGGGAAGCUGCUAAAGAAGAAAGCUGAUGAAGGUGUCACUGUUCUCAUGCUUGUUUGGGAUGACAGAACCUCUGUUCCUGAUUUCAAGAAAGAUGGUUUGAUGGCAACCCAUGAUCAGGAAACUGCAGUGUAUUUCCGAAACACAAAGGUGCAUUGUGUUCUGUGCCCGCGUGAUCCUGGUAAUGGAAGAAGCAUAGUUCAAGGGUUUGAAAUCUCAACCAUGUUCACUCAUCACCAGAAGAGUGUAAUUCUUGACAGCCAUUUUCAAGGAUCAGAGAAGCGAACCGUUACUAGUUUUGUUGGUGGGAUUGAUCUCUGUGAUGGGAGAUAUGACACACAAGAACAUCCUCUAUUUUCAUCUCUGAAAACUGAGCAUCAUGAUGAUUUCCACCAGCCAAAUUUCCCAGGGGCUUCCAUUAACAAAGGAGGUCCAAGAGAGCCAUGGCAUGAUAUUCACUGCAAAUUGGAAGGACCAAUUGCAUUUGAUGUGUUGUGUAAUUUUGAGCAAAGGUGGGAUAAGCAAGUUGGAAGGAAGCAAUUUUUACUCUCUUCAAGCUUUUUUGAUAAGUAUCUUGUAGAUAAAUCCACUGCAGUAGAGAGAGAUGAAAAUGAGAAAUGGAAUGUUCAGUUGUUCAGGUCAAUUGAUGGUGGUGCUGCUUCUGGUUUCCCACAAGAACCAGAGGAAGCUUCUGAAAAGGGUCUUGUCAGUGGCAAAGAUAACAUCAUUGAUAGAAGCAUUCAAGACGCAUACAUAAAUGCUAUAAGAAGAGCAAAGAACUUCAUCUACAUUGAAAAUCAGUAUUUCCUAGGGAGUUCAUAUGGUUGGAAAUCAUCUGAUAUCAAAGUUGAGGAUAUCAAUGCUUUGCAUCUUAUACCAAAGGAGCUUUCACUGAAGAUUGUGAGUAAGAUUGAAGCUGGAGAGAGGUUUGCUGUUUACAUUGUGAUACCAAUGUGGCCAGAAGGUGUGCCUGAGAGUGGUUCAGUUCAAGCAAUAUUGGAUUGGCAGAGGAGGACAAUGGAGAUGAUGUAUUCUGAUAUAGCUGAAGCCAUUAGGAGAAAGGGAAUUAGAGCUAAUCCAAGAGAUUACUUGACAUUUUUCUGCCUUGGAAACCGUGAGGGUAAGAAAGAUGAUGAGCUUACUCCUACAGAGGCACCAGAGCCAGGCAGUGAUUAUAGUAGAGCACAAAAGUCCAGAAGAUUCAUGAUCUAUGUUCAUUCCAAGAUGAUGAUAGUGGAUGAUGAGUACAUAAUCAUUGGUUCUGCCAACAUAAACCAGAGAUCAAUGGAUGGUGGAAGAGAUACAGAGAUUGCAAUGGGUGCAUUCCAACCACGCCAUGCCACAUACAAUGGUCCCCCAAGAGGACAAAUCUAUGGAUUCAGGCGUGCACUAUGGUUUGAGCACCUUGGUGAUCUUGGUGACACAAGCAUCUUUAACAAUCCAGAAAGCUUGAACUGCAUCAAUCUUGUGAAUCGCCUUGCUGAGAACAACUGGGACAUUUACUCAAAGGAAACAUUUGAUGAAUUCAGAGCAUUUCACCACCUCAUGCGUUACCCCAUAGAAGUGACCAACAAUGGAGCCAUAAAAACAUUUCCAGGGCUUGAAUAUUUUCCAGAUACAAAGGCUCGGAUUCUGGGUUCCAAAUCAGAGUACCUUCCUCCAAUUCUCACCACCUAGCCACUAUCCUAAGUACUCCAGCUUAUCAUGAGACAGAGUUUAGAAAGUUGAACCAUGUAAUUGAAUUGCUUAAUUAUUUGGAGGAGAGUAGAUGCAAUAACUUGAUUAUAUAUUGAUGUAAAUCAUUACUAUUACCAUUUGUUAUAUAAGGCCAUGUUUUAAAUUGAAUAAUUAAGGGUGUACAUAUAGAAUUUGCCCAGACCCUUCCAACACAUUACACACACAUUAAGACAGAUGUUUGGGAAGGUUAAAAACCAUCAUUAAUGUAUAUGUCAUUAGGAGGCUUUGAGUAAAAGUAUAAAAAUAAGAAAAUAGCAUAUUUUGCAACA